ACCAUGAAAGUUGUGGUUCCAGUUCAACAAAUCGUAGUACUACUGAAGGUUCAAAAACAGCAAUGAAACCAAGAAAAAUCCAACAGACUACUCCUGAUCCUGAUUUGCCACCAGGCUAUGUACAAAGUUUGAUUUGGCGAGUUAUAAACAAUGUCAACAUUGUCAUUAAUAACCUCAUACUCAAAUAUGUGGAGGAUGAUAUUGUUCUUUCUGUUAAUAUUACUUCUGCGGAAUGUUACACAGUAGAUGAAUUUUGGGAUCGAGCCUUUAUGGAUAUAUCAGCAACUGAUUUGGUACUAAGGAAAGUGAUAAACUUUUCUGAUUGUACUGUUUGCCUAGACAAGAGGAAUGCUAGCGGCAAAAUUGAAUUUUAUCAAGAUCCUCUGCUAUACAAAUGUUCGUUUAGAACUCGUUUGCACUUCACUUAUGAUAAUCUUAAUUCUAAGAUGCCAUCCAUUAUUAAAGUUCAUACUUUAGUUGAAAGUCUGAAACUUUCCAUUACUGAUCAACAGCUUCCUAUGUUUAUCCGUAUAAUGCAGCUUGGAAUUUCACUAUACUAUGGAGAAAUUGGUAACUUUAAAGAUGGAGAAAGUGAGGACCUUGUUUGUCACACCAAGGAUAUCUUGGGUAAUAUCUCAGGUACAGAAGAUGAAAUAGGCAAAGAUAUUUCUCCAGAAUGUUAUGUUCAACAAGAUGAUGAUCAACAGCAAGGGUGGGUGUCGUGGGCCUGGUCAUUUGUGCCUGCUAUUGUGAGCACCGAUAAUGAAGAUAGAGAUUAUGUUGGAGUGGAUGAUGGAACAGUGAAUCAACAGAAAAUUCCAAUCGUUAAGGAUCCCAUUGUUUCCAUAGGAUUUUAUUGCACAAAGGCAACAAUCACAUUCAAACUCACUGAAAUGCAAGCUGAAAGUAGUUAUUACAGUCCACAGAAAGUAAAAUCCAAAGAAAUAAUGUGCUGGCAACAAGAAGGAACUACAAUCGAGGUCCUUAUGAGAGGAGAACCUUUCUUUGAUUGCCAGAUAGGGUUUGUUGGUUGCCAAGCCCUUUGCCUUAAAGGAAUUAUGGGAGUUAAAGAUUUUGAAGAGAACAAGAAUAGAAGUGAUUCAGAAGCAUACUUUUUCCACUGUGGAGAAAAUCUGAGUACAAAAGGGAUGACAUAUCUUACCAAUUCACUGUUUGAUUACAGAAGUCCUGAAAACAAUGGUGUUCAUGCAGAAUUUAUUUUGGAUGCAGCUGCUCACAAGGAGAUGUACACAGAGAUAGCUGGAAUGCAGAGGUUUGGGGCUUUCUACAUGGAUUAUCUGUACACAAUGGAGAGCACCAGUGGCAAAGUGUCUGGAAAUCAGCCAGAUGUGACUUCUGUGAAGAUUGAAGACUUCAGUGGUGUUCAGGAGAUGUCUACAAAAAAUCUUAUUAUAGGACCUCUGAAUCUUCGACUUGAUAGCAGUGCAGUGCACAGAAUUAUAAAAAUGAUUGUUUGUGCUCUAGAACAUGAAUAUGAACCAUAUAGCAAGUCUAAACUAGAUUGUAUAGAAGGAGCCAAAGUUAUGCCAAGCACAGAAGAAGAUGCUGCCUUAGAGGAAUAUAUUCCAACUCGGAUCACAACCUUUACAAUUUUAAAAUGCACUGUUACUAUCCCUAUGGCUGAAUUCAAUUUUCUUGCCCACUUAUUGCCUGUCAUCAUGGGUCAAAAGAGUUCAAGCACCUUCUUAACUACAACAAAUCUUCAGCUAUUACGGCCUCUGCCUUGUAUCCAAAUAUUGGUAGAUAAAAUGGUCCUGGAACACUCAGUGCCAAUGUAUGCUGAUCAACUUGUGCAAUAUGUCAGCAGCCUUAGUCAGCCAUCUGAUAAUUUACUUCACUAUUGCUAUAUGCACUGCUAUCUUAAGAUAUUUGGUUUUCAGGCAGGAUUGACGUCAUUGGAUAUUAAUGGAUCUUAUAGUUCACCAACUUCAGUAAUUCCCCCAUUCAGCACAGCUAUUUAUGGCAAAAUGCUUAAGCUACCUAAAUACUGGUCUAAGCGAUCUAAUAUUGCAGUGAAUGAAUGUAUAUUUGAACUUCCAAAUUUGACAAUUCAGGCUACAAGAGCUCAGAACUUUCUAAUGCAAACUAUUUGGCAGAGUUGGGCUUAUACUGGAAAUUCUAGUUCAUCAUUAGUGAAUGAAAUUUUAAUGAAUGAAGUCUUCCAAAUAUCAGGUGUGAAAACUAAGAAUCCUCUGCCGAGUCUUGAGGGCUCAGUCCAAAAUGUUGAAUUGAAGUACUGCAGUACAUCGUUGGUCAAAUGUGCCUCUGGGACCAUGGGAUCAAUAAAAAUUUGUGCUAAAGCCCCAGGUGAUGGUGGAAAGGAGAAGCGUAUCCCCUUAAUACAAGGUCCAUCCGAUACCAGAGACCUACACAGCAGCAAAUGGCUCAAGGAAAGCAGAAAGCCAGAGUCUCUCUUUGCUCCUGAUUGGUUCGCUUUCACUGUUCAGAUCCCUCAGUGUAAGGAUUACAGUUACAGUUCUGGAGCUGUGCUUUUGGCCAGCAUGCAAGGAUUAACAGUCAACAUUGAUCCAGUUUUAUAUACUUGGCUUAUGUACCAGCCUCAGAAGCGAAGCAGCAGACUGAUGCAGCAGGCUGGAUCUAUCUCUCUCGGGACACCCGUCACAAGGAAAAAAGAUGAUGAGAUGUCAGUUGGAAGCACACCGUUGAUUAAACAUCAGUCAAAUCAGGCUUCUGAAUAUGCCAGUAGCCCUAUAAAAACAAAAACUGUAACAGAAUCACGACCAUUAUCAGUACCAGUGAAAGCCAUGUUGAGUUCAGCUGAAAAUUGCAGCAAAGGUCCUGAGGAAAGAAUGAAAGAAUUUAUUAGUGUGGUAUGGAAUGCAGUUAAGUGCCUUACGCUUCAGCUUGAAGUGCAGUCAUGCUGUGUGUUCAUUCCAAAUGACAGCCUGCCAUCUCCCAGUACAAUAGUGUCUGGUGACAUUCCUGGGACUGUCCGCAGUUGGUACCAUGGACAGACUAGUAUGCCCGGAACUCUUGUCAUUUGCUUACCCCUUAUAAAGAUUAUGAGUGCAGGACACAAGCACAUGGAACCCCUGCAAGAGAUUCCCUUUAUUGUCCAAAGACCAAUCCUUGAGGAAGGAGAUGCUUUCCCUUGGACAAUCAGUCUGAAUUAUUUUAGCAUCUAUACUCUUCUGGGACAGCAGGUGACCCUUAACAUCAUAGAACCUGUUGGCUGCACUUCUACUCUGGCAGUGACUUCUCAAGUGUUGCCCACGGCAGGAUCAGAAUCGAGGCACUCAUUUGUUGUAUGUCUUCAUGUUGACCUUGAAUCACUUGAAGUGAAAUGCUCAAAUCCCCAGGUGCAAUUGCUAUAUGAACUAACAGAUUUAAUGAAGAAAGUUUGGAAUAAGAUUCAAAAGAAAGGAAUUUUCCAUCAGUCUCUGGCACAUACAGAAUCUGUUUCAGGACCUGUACCACCUGUUUCACCUGUUAAAAGUAGUAUUGGGACUGCUCCACUGGAUACCAGUACAUGUAGUCCAUCAGCUGAUAUUGGGACAACUACAGAGGGUGAAUCUCUGCAAGGUGGUGAUGAUUCUCCAUUCUCAGACUCUGUUACCUUGGAGCAAACAACAAGCAAUAUUGGCAUAUCAAGCGGACGUGUGAGUUUGUGGAUGCAGUGGAUGUUGCCGAAACUUACUGUAAAGUUAUUUGCACCAGAUCCAGAAAAUAAAGGCACAGAAAUAUGUGUGGUUGGUGAGUUAGAAGAUCUCAGUGCCUCAGUAGAUGUACAAGAUGUCUACACUAAAGUGAAGUGUAAAAUAGAAAGUUUCAACAUUGACCACUACAGAAAUAGCUUUGGGGAAGAUUCUUGGUCUCUGGGGAAAUGUGGAGGUGUCUUCCUCUCCUGUACUGACAAGCUGAACAGACGUACAUUACUGGUUCGACCGGUCAGCAAGCAGGACCCUUUCAGUAACUUCUCUGGCUUCUUUCCUUCUGCAACUGCAAAACUUUUGGAUGGUUCUCAUCAACAGCAUGGAUUUCUCUCUUUGACUUAUACAAAAGCAGUCACAAAAAAUGUCCGCCACAAAUUGAUUUCAAGAAAUGAACGAAGAACCUUGCAGAAAUUAUCUGAAAGUUUCACAGAUAGUUCUCCUCAUUUUCUUCAUGAGAUUCUUCUUUCAGCUCAGGCAUUUGAUGUUGUUCUUUGUGUUCCUUUCCUCAAUGCAAUUGCAAGUAUUUUUCAAGCGAAUCUCCCAAAGAGUCAAAAAGAGAAAAGAAAAUCCCCAGGCCAGCCUAUGAGGUCCCAUAUUCUCACAUCUCGCAACUUGCCACUUAUUUAUGUUAAUACAGGGGUAAUCCGGAUCUUCUUCCCCAAAAUGGAGGAAGGACAGUGUAACAUAGAAGAUAAGACAAAUCAGGAAGAUACUUUGGUACUUAAAAUUGGUUCUGUAUCAAUGGCUCCUCAGGCUGACAAUCCUCUUAGUAGAGUUGUGCUGAGGAAAGACAUUUAUCAGUAA